AUGCAGAAGUUCCAGCCCACCCGCAGUGUCAAGUUUGGGGAGUAUGGCCGUGACGGGAUCACCUUGAAAGGGAACGCCGCCGCGCAUGCGAAGUUCUGGGAGGAGUGGGUGCCUGACCAGUUUCAGAAGCUGAAUGUUUUGCUGAAGGGCAAGGAUCGGUUCACCGCUUCGGGGGAGACCGUCGGAGAGCUCUACUUGUGGGCAAUGCUGCAUCAGAUGAAGCUUUGCAAGCCGCAGCUCUUCUCUGCCACGCCCCAGCUGGGCGAGUUCUACGAGCGCAUCGAAAAACUCGCUGGCGUCAAGAAGGUGGUCAGUGGCGCCUCUACUUACGGCGCGUGGGAGCAAUAUUUUGUGAAUCCCGAGUGA